UUCCUUUUUGAGUUUACAGGCGAGCUGAAUGUGUAAUGCGCAUUUAGCCUUAAAACUUAGCUAGUGUCAGUCAUGUUUGAUGGCCCAGGGGGUUUUGAGUUGGAGGAGGAUGAUGAGUGCUGGGCACGGCUGGAAGACUACAGAAUGCUUCUCAUCAAGACCAUUGAGCCCUCAAGGAUAACACCUUAUCUGAGACAAUGUAAAGUGCUGAGCAGUGAGGACGAAGAACAGAUCUACAACGACCCCAGUCUGGUUAUCAGGCGUAGAAAAGUUGGAGUGCUGCUGGACAUAUUACAAAGAACUGGCCUCAAAGGAUAUGAGGCAUUUCUAGAGAGUUUGGAGCUAGACUACCCAGAUGUGUACCGCAAAAUCACUGGCAAAGAGCCUGCUAGGGUCUUCUCCGUACUUAUUGACACGGCCGGUGAAUGUGGCCUCACUCAGUUCCUCAUGAGCGAGGUCUCUCGCCUACAGAAGCUCGCGCAGGACGAACGGAGGAAGCGACUCGAGGUGUCUGCACAGGCGGCGGAGCAGCUAGACACCAUCCGCCAGCUGCAGCUGUGUGAGAGCGAGCUGCACAAACAGCAGGACCGCGUGCAGCGCAUCCGAGAGGAGCGCGAGCGCAUGUGCGAAGAGGCGCGAAAACUGAGAGACGAGAAUUACCGAUUGAUGCACGACCUGACCCGACUGAGCGAGGACAAGAACUGCGCACUCAUGUGUAACAGAGACCUCCAGCUCGAGAUUGAGAAAUUGAAACACAGCUUAAUGAAUGCAGAAAGUGACUCAAAAAUCCAACGGAAAAAAACAAUAACCUUGAAGAAUGCCAUGGAGCAGAGGCCAAGUCCUGAGCUGAUCUGGCAGAUGCAGAGAGAAAAUGACCUCCUUACAGCUCGCAUACAGGAGCUUGAAAGUGCUUCCAAGGUCCAAACUCUGGAGAAUGAAAAACUUGAUUCACAGUCAUUAGAGGAAUUCAAGCAACAAAGUCAGGCACAAUACCAGGAGUUGGUGAAUGAUGUCUACAAUCUAAGGAGAGACCUACAUGACGCAGAAGAGCUGCGUGAUAAGUAUCAAGAGGAGAAGGAUGAGUUAGAACUGAAGUGCAUAAUGCUAAAAAAGGACUCCAAAAUGUACCGUGACCGAAUGGAAGACAUUCUGAAGCAGCUGGAAGAAGUUAUCAAAGAAAGAGACAAGGCUAUUUGUACAAGAGAGGAGUACCAUUUGGAGAACUCCAAAAAUCUCCAAGACAAAGACCAGUACCGCAAACAGAUCCGGGAGAUGGGAGAGCGUUAUGAUGAACUUCAAGUCCAGUUGUUUCGAACUCAAGGAGAGGUUCUUGCUCUUCAGUUAAAGCUUCGCAAAAAGAAAAACCCAAUUCAAGUGAACUCAGAAGAAAGCUCCUUGCUGAGUUCAUUUGAGUCAUCAACAGGGUUGCUUGCAUUUUGUCCACAGAUGAAAAGUCAGACUAGUGAGGAGGAGUCCAGGGAAAGGGGUGAAAAGGAUAUGAGUGAAGAGUCACAGAGCCAGACAUCUGGAGAGUACAAUUAUUCCGAGAGGAUGUUCCCUGAGGAGAACAUAUCAGCUAAAUGCAGACUUAAAGAAAAAUGCAACUUUCAUUAUAGGAGGAAACGUGCUUUAAGAACCAAAAAAUUCACAGACAAAGAGAGUGUGCAGUGCAUACUGGACAACACUACUGGGAGUGAUACAGACGGGAUGUGACAUACAGCUUUGGACAAGGAGACGAAAUGUGGCCUUCUUUGAAGGCAUAUUAAAAUGCAAGUUAAUAACAAUCCAACAUUGUUCUGCAUCCAGUGACCCAUAAAACCUGAUUAACAUCAUAUCAAUAUCAUAGUGUUCACUGUCAAAGUAUGUCGAGUCAAUCACUUGUCAUGAGUCUGAUCUGCCAUGAGUCUAAUCUGACAAUUGUUUCUGUUAUCUAUUAAUAUAUAAUAUAAUAAAUAUGAAAUAUCUUUUAAUGUAAAUCUUGUUCUCUUGAGCAAAAACAGUGGAAAUGUUUUUUUGUUUGUUUUUUUUUACCCAAGACUUUAAGGUAUGUGCCGGUCCCAUUUGAAGUUCCAGUCGUGUCUGAUAACUGAAUAUGCUGGAGUUUGUUUUUGGAUGAGCUAGGAAAAUUUUUCUUGAAACCCUCCCAAACAACAUGUGGUGAUGUAGGUGCUGUUUGACAAUUUUUUUUAAGGUUUUCUGACCCCGAGACUCAACUAUUUUCUGCAAUUCUCCAGCUGUGGUCCUUAACUUUUGCUGCACAUCAGAAAUAUAUUCUUUGUUUCUUCUCAUUGUGAUGGAUGAUUAAGGGAAUUUGGGCUUUGUUUUCCCUCCUAUUUACAUUUCUGUGAAACAGGAAAACAUGGCUGGAUAAUUUCAUGUUCAUAAUCACCCUGGAGUGCUCAAAAUUGUAAAUAUGAAUGGGAAUAUACUUCAAAGAUAUUUUACUCAUAAGAAUUUCUAGGGGUGCCAAUAAUUGUGUCCAACGUGUAUUUGAGAAAAACAUUUAUUUCAUAAUGAUAUUUCCCCCCAUUUUAAAUUCUUAUUAUCCAAUGAAAGGUUAGAUUUUUGUGAAUUUUUUUAAUAAAAGAUCAAAAGGA